AUGGAAGACGAAAAGCAGACUCGACAGCAACAGGAGCAGAAGAGAAGGGAAUGGACCGCUCAAAAUCCCAAGGCAUUCCAUGUGGUGGAGUUUACAUUCGGUACAAUUCAUGCCACAUGGUCCGCAUGGUCCGCAUGGCCCACAUGGUCCAUUUGGUCCACAUGGUGGACCUGGAGGACCUGGUGGACGUGGACCUUUCGGAUGGAUUUGGAGGACCUGGUGGACCUUUUGGUGGUCCUCAAAUACCUGGUGGACCUUUUGGUAGACCUGAAGGAUUUGGUGUACCGACUAGUGGUAGACCCAAUGGCGCACCCGGUUUCGGAAAUGGUGACAACUGGAAAAACUGACCAGGCCAGCAUGGUUUCGGUAACGCUGGCAACUGGAACAACGGACCAUGCGAUCGAGAAGAUUCCCGAGAAUGAUCAAAGAUACAAUGCAGAGUUCUACGCGUUUCUUGAGAAAUCUUCAUUGUAA